CUUUUUGUAUUUCCUCCAGGAAAAUCUCUUAAGCUUCAAAGACAUGCAGAGACUUAAGUUCCCAAUGAAGCCGCAUCGGCUGUCUCAGAGUUUCAAAUGUUCACCAACGGAAAGACAAGUUUGCGAUCGUUGCAAAAUCGAAUUUGACAGGAACCAGAGAACUCUCUGUCUCUACCAUCCGGGAAAACAGCAAUAUAAACACACAACUGGUACACUGGUGUACACUUGCUGCAAGAAAUCCAAUGGUGGUUGUUGCGUCGCCCAAAGGCACGUACCGAAGAAGUCACCUCGUUAUUCCUACGACGGGUUUCGUGCCACUAAAACCACAGCCUCACGACCACCAUCAAUUUUGGCCAUGGAUUGUGAAAUGGUCUAUACGGACGUUGGAUUGGAAGUAGCCAAAGUGUCGUUGGUGGAUACGCGGGGGAGAGUUGCAUACAAUAAAUACGUUUUUCCAAAUCACCCGAUCGUAGACUACAACACUCGGUACUCAGGAAUAACGCCAACACAUAUGGAAGGGGCAGUGAGUUUUGAUGUGAUGCAGGAGGAACUAUUGGAUAUCAUUCACAAGGACACGAUACUGAUAGGUCAUGGUUUGGAGAACGAUUUAAGGGGACUUAGGCUCUUCCACUCGAAGAUAGUCGAUACCUCUGAGUGCUUCUCGUUUUGUGAACAGAAGGUGUCCCUGAAGCAUCUAGUCUACACUUACUUGGGGCGUUCGAUACAGGAUAACGAGCAUGAUAGUGUUGAGGACGCACAAGCUUGUCUGGAUCUCAUGUAUUUGAAAUACCAUGAACCUUUCCUGGGGAAAGGUCUGAAGAUCUGGCUGGCCAAGGCAAUAUAUUCACAUGGUAGGUAUCUACUGGGGAUGAAAAUGAUGAAAAUAGGGCCCCAAAAUCAACUUAUGUAUAGUGUAGACUCCCAUAAAUAA